GCCGCCGGAAACCCGGCGCUGCUGCUGCUGCUGCUGCUCCCCGAGAAGUUGGUGCGGAGGCGAGAGCCGCGGGGCCCAGCUCGGCUUGGCCCGGUUCGGCUUGACCCGGCUCGUCCGGUCCCGUCCCGUCCCGGCUCGGCUCGGCAUGCCCGCCCGCCCGGAGCCGAGCGGGGCAGCGGGGCGGCGGCGCAGCCCCUGAGCGGGCGGCGAGAAGCGACCGGCCCCGGCCCGCCAUGGAGCAAGAUACAAAGGAGGAAGUCUCAGAGAAACCAAAGCCUGCUCCGACCGCAGAGAAAUACGGCUGGAUUAAGAAAAGCAGUGGGGGGCUCCUGGGAUUAUGGAAGGAUCGUUACAUCCAGCUACGGAAAACCCAGCUCGUGGUCUAUGAGGAUGAGGAUGAGCAGAAGUGCAUAGAAACAGUGGAACUGGAGAGUUAUGACAAGUGCCAGGAACUGCGAGCGCUACUCAAAAGGAAAAACCGUUUCAUUUUGAUCCGCUCCCCGGGUAAGAAGGUUCAUGAUAUCAAAUUUCAAGCUCCAACUUUGGAAGAAAAGGAAUCGUGGAUAAAAGCUCUUAAUGAAGGGAUCAAUAGAGGCAAAAACAAAGUAUUUGAUGAGGUGAAAGUGGAUGAGAGCCUUUCCUUGGACCAUGUAACUCGGGACAGAGUGAAAAUGACCCACGGACGCAGGCCACCCACGAGAAGCCACCUAAAGGAGGCUGCCAAGUCUACAUCUGAUGGUAUCCUGCGACUAGAUCUGGAUAUAGUAGACAAUGGACCACCAAACUUUGAUUCCACUAUCAGCGAAAGUGACUAUGAACCUCCUCAAAAAGAGACUCCAAAGCCACCUAUGCCACCCACAAAACCCACUGGCACAAAAGAAAAGCACGAUGCAGAGAACAAUGUUCCUGACCAGGAACAUAAAAAGCCUCUGUCUCCUCCAUUGCCUCCAGAUAAGAAGCUUAAGGAAAGCAUAACAUCAAAGGACAAUGUAGAUAGCAAGCAAGAGGACUCUGUAAGCCCAGAGGAGAAUGUGGAAGAAUCCCAAGCAACAAGUGAGGAGAACAGAGAGAACCUCAUUGAGGUCAGCAACAGGGGCAUAGCAAAAGGUCCAAUUCCUCUUCCUAAGAGCGUGCCAGACAAGCUAAAAGUAGCUUGGGACCAACCAGUCUCUGAGCCUAAAAACACAGAAGACUCGAAAUCAUCAGGAGACAGUAGUGAAGACAACCUUGCUGAGAUUGCUGCUGGAGAUGUCACAGAACCUCCUGUCCCUCCUAAGGUUCUGUCGGAAAAAAUGCUAGCCACAAUGAACUCCAGCCACGGUGACCUGGAAUCUGGGGGCUGGGAAGACCUGGAGUCUGGCAGCUCCAAGCUCCCAGUAAAUGGGAUCGCAGACGGCGAGGUAGCAGAGCUCACAUCCCCAACAGUUGAACCUGAAGAAGGAAAUGGGAGAACCUCUGCUGAGAAGGAAAAGCAAACUUCGGCAGAAGAGACAGAUAUUUCCUUAGCUACAGAAACACACCAUGAGAGUGUAAAAGCAACUGUUGAUAAGAAAGAGUCUGGAGAAAGCUCUUCGUGUCUCAAACUUCGCAGUUCUUCCCUGGGAGACUUGCUGUCUGAUUCCAAAAAUACACAGAGAGCACGUCCAGGCCCAGGUUUCCCAAAGGAUUCUCAUCAAUGCUUGGCUAAAAUGGAGGAGAAAGUUGCUAAUGAAAGGGAAAAGGCAGAAAAACUUCUGCAGAAGGUUUUACGUGAAGGGUUGGAACAGGCCCAGGAGGGGAAUGGACCCCCAGUGGUGGCAGAGACAUUGCUCAACGAGGCAGUAGAACAGCUUCGGCAAGCUACACAAGUUUUGCAAGAAAUUAAAGGGCUUGGAGAACUGAAAAAAGAAGCAACACAGAAACAGAAAGAAAAGCAAAAGGAUCUAGUGACUCUUUAUAGGAGAAGUGCACCCUGACAUACUCUUCAAAGAGAUUUCUUUCUCAAAAACAAAGCUAAACAUUUGCCAUUUAUGAUUUGUACCGUUGCUAGGCCAGUGUUUAAAAGGUGGUGUUUUGCUGUGCACACACCAUGUGUAUGGGACAGAACUGAGCUUUCAGUUAUAGCCUCUUUCUCUCUUUCUUCGUGUUGUACAUACCAGUCUGGUUCUAAUCCUGUUAGCACAGCAGAAGGUUACAGGACAUUGAACAGUUUCAGAAAUGUAAAUGCUCUUUAAAGACUCUGUCAAAAGUCCUUUCAAUGGAUCAGGCCUUAAAGAUUCGUGGUAAUCAAAGCCAGGUUUUUGAAAGGAGCAGAAUGGCUAUUCCAGCAAAAGCCCCUGUCUGUCUGUAUUUACCAGAUUACACUGGCACCUAUCUGGUUUUCCCAGUUAAAUAAUUCAAGGAUAGAUGUAGUCAGUGUUUGUUCACUUGCUGGCAAGGUUUCCCAGGCCACCUGGCCCAGUGACAUCCAGGAAUGUAAAGAUAAAUGGUUUAAUCUUCUCCAAAGAUACUCAUAAAACCACAUCCACAGUUAAAAAGUGACCUCACACAGAGGCAAAGAGCACUGGCCAAAUCCUGACUACGAGUAGUGUCCUCAGAUCUGGAGCAGCUGUGCGAAGGCUCUUCUGAGCCUGGCUCUGCAGAGCUUUAGGUGUGCUAAGCACUGCGUGAGUGAAUGCAAGUCUCAAUGCAUCAUUGCCAGGCAAGUAUUAAUUGUUCCUGUUUCAUUAAUAGGGAAUUUGAGGCAAAAAGGUUACAGUUGGCCUUUGAAGGAGUGUCUUGUAGCAGCACCGUCUGUUUAUUAUUGAAGACCAUCCCUAUCUGGUAACUCUGAACCCCCUUAUUGUUGUGAACAAUGAGCCAGGCAUUUGGAGAGCUUGUGUCCAGGAGAUUCCCAGGAGCUUCCUAAGAGAGCUGCCAUUAAGAAGCUUUAGGGAUGUGUGUUCCCUUAGCUGUGGGCUUGCUCUCUGUGUUGUCUCGGGAUGUUAACUGACAGGAGCAUGCACAUCAGGCAGCGGGGCUGGAUGAGAUCCCUCUUCCUAUUUAACACGUCUCUACCUGCUGUGUCCUGGCUAGCCUGAGAGCCAUGGCUUGGCACAGACAUCUGGAAUUGGACUACAUGGAGGGAAAGGCAUUUUGCACACACACCUCUGGGGCUGGUCCCAGUGGCUUUAGGAUAUUAAAAUAGAAAUGCAUUGCUACAGAAGGGACUGAGGAAGGCAUUGCAGAAUUCCCACAGCUUCCUGCCCACCUGCUGAAAGCAACCACAGUUCCUCUGGUCUUUAGUGAUUACAGCUGUGAUAAAAUCAUGUCUUUGCACUGCUGCUGUAUAAUGUACCUGAGCUGAGUCCCCUCCGCUAUUCUUUAUAGUUGUUCUGAGGAGAAUCAUAUGACAGCCCAAAGGGCUUCUCCCUUGCUUGAGUCAGAUUCUGGAAGCAUGGAAAAAGGUGAUCUUCCCAGUGUGGUUUUAAGGAGUGACACACCACCUAAGCUCUUCUCUCUCUGUCAUGUGGAAGGUUCUACACAGCCAAACACUCAGGGCUCAGGUGCCAAAAAGCUUUGCUUUGAGACAAAAAGUUUCCCACAUCCUAAGCCCACUCCCAGGCACACAGCUUGGAGCAAACUCUGGAUCUGUGUCAUUUGCUGCUGUAGAUUCAAUGUGAACCAUGGGUCUUCUUCACCUUUCCAGAUAUAGUUAGGACAAGGGCUAAUAACACAGACAACAGUCAGUGCCUAUCUGCUAUCUCAGUGUAUUUUUCUGCAUGUGCACUUUCGUUUACCGAACACUGUGUGGUAUGAAUGUGGGCUGUCAGAACCUGGCGUGCACUGGAAGUCGAGGGACAUCAGCUGCAGAGAGCAGGCAGGCGUUGCAAGAUGCAGUGCUAUAACAAGAGAGAAAUUUGAUGGGGAACAAAGGAGUUCAUACUAACAGAAACAUACACAAACCAGGGCAAACUCUGGGUACAGGUUCAUAUCCCAAAGCUGAAGCCAGUCCUAAACUCGAGGGUGGGCAAAUCGAAGCCUGGAAGUGAAAAUCCAGGAGAACGAAAACAGGUUAUGGAAUAACUCAGUCCCCUAAAUUACAUACAAAUGCUUUUGCUCUCAUGGGUGUUUUCUCGUGGCAGUGUGUUCUGUGGAUACCCAUCCGGCAAAGUGCUGAUGAAAAUACCCAGACAUCCGUAUCUGUUACAGCCAAACUUACAGGAUGUGCUUAUAUUUACUGUAUAUUUUUAUAUUAUACCGAAUAUUCUAAUGAAUAAAUGUCUGACAUUUUAAUGAAUACUCAUCAGUAAGAAUCUUAACAGAUUAAAAAACCCCUGUAUCUGUUAGGAAGUGGGCAAGUUAAAUCACUUUACAAGCUACAGCUAGUUACUGUAAUUGCUGUACUAACAGAACUUACUAGAUUUGUAUUAUGUCUUGUAAAUAGGUAUAACUUAAGCGGAAUCUCUGUAGCACCCAGUAACUCUACUGCUGAAAAUGCUAUAUUAGAGACUCUUUGCUUUUAACUAUUUUUUCUAGUAGGGUUAGAAGUUUCAUCCUAAGAUGUCUAGCCUGGCUGUAAGCCUGAUUCACCCGGACUCUGCAGGAAACAAAACCCCAUCAUGUUUCUUCUGCACUUUUCCCACUUGUUCUUCAUAUUCUGGUCAUGAGGCAGGCCCUGGCUAAGAAAGUGGGCUAAGAAACUGCCCUCUGUUUUUACAUGCUUCUCUGAAAAUGGCAGUGCUGGGCAUCAGAGACAGGAUCCUGGUCUGCUCUGACCCUACACAGCAACUCCCACCUUCAGUGUACAUCCUGCCACCAUGCACUUUUCUUUUACAUCUUCCUUUAAACUUACAUUUCAACUUCCACCUAAUUCUGGCUGCACUAAGGCUGGUUUUUGGUGCCUGAAACCCCCCUGGGCAUGGAGUGCUGGGGUGUGAGUCUGUGCUUUGGGCUGUGCCACCAGGUUACGUGUCUGUGACGGGAAGGAAGUGAGUUUGCAAGCAAGCAAGUGUGGAUGUCCAUCUGAAUAGCUGCUGCUGCAGCCCGUGGAAAGGCAGCACUUUGUCUCCUGCUUGUAAAGAGCUUUGAGAUUUGGCAAUAAAACCCCCUUUUAAAUAUCAA